CUGGUGUAGUACAUGAGGAGCGCUUCAAUGUUGCUCUGAUUCAGAUGUCAAGUUCCCUAUAAUACUCGUAGUACAAAUGUUAUAAUAGCAUCUCUAAGGCAAACCGACUCAAAAACAUCUCUAUCAUCCCAGCCUACUUCACGUCCAAAUAUACAGCAAUGCCUUGGUCUCCCCUCCUCACCACUCGCAGCCUCACUUCCACCAAACGCAUCAACUGCUCACUCACCUCCGCACUCGAAUUCCUCCAUGACCCCAAAGCAAUAAUCGACCUCAACCCACUCGUCAUUGGUCGAGAGCCCCACCCCAAUGAUCCUAAUCUCUACACUAUUAAAGACCGCAUGAAGGUCCUUGGUAGAUAUGUGGAAUUUGACUAUACUGCAAAGUUCACGUUUAGGGAGGAUGGGUGUGAAACUGAGGUUCGGGCACCUGGUGGGACGACUUUGAAGAGUCGGUGGACGGCGAGCGAAGUUGAGGGUGGUGUUGAGGUUAGAGAAGAAGUUACAGCUACGACAUAUUUCUUCCUGAUGCCUAUGACGAUAUCAGGCUUGAAGGCCCCACAUGAUGUCUUACGAGAAAGGCUUGCGGCGAAGCUCGAAGGUCGUUCCGUAGAUCAAGCGGGGACGACGAUAACAAAUAAGUCCGAAGCUGGAGAUCAUAGCGGUUUCCUGAGUCUCAAGUUUAUGUUUUGUAUUUCUGCUCUUGCUCUGGUGUUUUCUGUUGUUCUUAGGUUUGGAUCUCCCAUGUCUAUACCCAUGUUAUUAUUACUCUUGUUUCUGGCGGCUUGUAUAUCUGUAUACCUCUCUGCUAGAAAAUCUCGGGACCCGUAUGGUACAUUCCAUGUAUCACUCAACAGGCCACUUGAAGAGCCGCGUUCGAUUCCCAACACAGAGUGGUUGAAUAUGGGAUACUGGAAAGACACAGAUGAGUUUCCUAAAGCUUGUGAAGCUCUAGCUCUCAAGCUCAUCAAAGCUGCACGUUGUCAGCAAGGAGGGCAUGUCCUUGACGUUGGUCACGGGAGUGGCGACUCCUUGCUUCUACACCUCAGACACCCAUCCGUACCGAGGCCAUCUUGUUUAACAGGUAUCACUAGCCUUCGUGCACAUUACUUACGGUCAUGCGAGCGUGUCAGGCAAACACAGAAAGAAAUCACAGACAUAGAUCAUGCGCCAGAAGUUCACUUGUUCGCUGGUGAUGCUGUAUAUCACCCCUCUGACGAUCCACAUCACCCACUGAGCCCGACCUCGCCAACGAAACCAUACACGACGAUAUUGGCACUCGACUGUGCAUAUCACUUCAAUAAUCGACACAGGUUCCUGCAACAAUCCUUCCACCACUUGGCCUCUGGAGGAAGGAUUGCCCUCGCUGAUAUAUGCUUCGCCUCUACAGGGACUACGAUCGCGAAGUUUGUGCGAUAUCUCAUUGGUGACCUUGGAGUUGUGCCCAAGGAGAACGUUAUUACGGUGCAACAGUAUUAUCGUCAAAUGGUGGACCUAGGGUAUGUAGAGAUCGAGGUGGAGGACAUCAGUAAGGACGUUUUUCCUUCUUUUACGAGGUUCCUUUCGAGCAGAGGCGUGGUAUGGGGCGUAUUUGCUAGGGUUAUUGGUCUUUUACAGAUUGGGGGAGCGCGCUUUGUGAUUAUUACCGGUAAAAAGCCAUGAUAGCGGGCUGUUGGCAUUGGCAAUGACUGAAUCCGAGGAUCGAGAUUUGAACUUGAACACCUUCCUGAUGUGCCUAGA